AGUGCAGAAGCAGAUCUGUGUGUGUUUCUCAUGUCUUCAUCUAUGAGCUUGCAGACGGGGUUCUGAGAUGAAGGCUCUGCAGGUUCUCCCGGUGGAUGCGGUGGAUGUGGACACACAGCGCUGUCGAAUGGGCCCGGCUCUGAUGUCCAGUCUGGGGCUGCGUUUGGGUUCUCCAGUCCUCAUCCGGGUUCUGCAGGGCACGUGUCUCUGCACCGCAUGGCCCAGGCGGGACCUGGCAGAUGGAUAUCUGCAAAUCAGCAGCCAGUGUGUGUCACCAGACCUGCACAAACACACACUCACAGCACUCACAGUCCACCCAGCACAGAUCAAACCCCUCACCUGUCUCAAACUCACCUGUGUGAAGCUGAAGGUGUUCGUGCAGCGUCUGGAGCACAAGAAGAGGGUUUCAGAGCGGAGUCUCCAGGAGCUGCUGGACGGUAUAUACGUGCACGAGGGACAUCUAGUAGAUCUGUCAGGUGUGAAGGCGGAGAUCAGGUGUGUGCUGGUUGAGAAGGUGAACUCGGGCUCGCAGAGAGCAGGUCUGAUAACCGCUCGAACUUGUGUGGAUAUUAGCACAAUACAGACGGUCAAACACCUGGACAGGCAGCAGCAGCAGGUCUCAGCUGCGCCUCUCGGUGGCAUGGAGGAUGUGUUUGCAUCACUGAAGGAAAUGAUCACCUUUCCGCUGCGUUAUCCUGGAAGUCUGCGUCAGCUGGGUCUGUCCUGCCCACGGGGCCUGCUGCUGAUCGGGCCGCCUGGCGUGGGGAAGACCCUGCUGGUGCGCUGCGUGGCUAAAGACAUCGGGGCGACUUUAGUGACUGUGAACGGGCCAGAAGUCACGGGGUCUCGACCCGGAGAGAGCGAGGAGAACCUGCGGCGAGUGUUUGAACAGGCUCGAGACGCUGCUGAUGACGGUCCUUGUGUUCUGCUGAUCGAUGAGAUCGACUCGCUGUGCCCACGCAGGACAGGGAGCAGCAGUGCUCCAGAAAACAGGCUAGUCGCGCAGCUGCUAACGCUAAUGGACGCCAUCGGCAGCCAUGAAGGCUUCGUUAUUAUUGGAGCCACAAACCAGCCGGACUCUCUCGACCCAGCACUCAGGAGACCCGGACGCUUCGACAGAGAGGUGAUCAUCGGCGUUCCCUCGCUGCUACAGAGACGCAGUAUCCUGAAGUGUGUGUGUCGAGAAAUGCCGCUCUCUCCUGAUGUCGAUCUGAACACUCUCGCUGAAAUGACCUGCGGAUAUGUCGGAGCGGAUCUGAGCGCGCUCAGUAGAGAGGCAGCGCUGCAGGCUAUGCGACACUCGCAGAUGGGGGCGAGUGAGCCGGUGUCGAUGCAGCACUUCAUGCAAGCACUGCGACACGUGCAGCCGUCGUGUUUGAGGAGCAGCAUUGGAGCGACUGACUUUAAACCCAUUGGCUGGGAGCAGAUCGGCGGACUCGAGGACGUCAAACUCAAGCUUAAACAGAGUAUCGAGUGGCCCAUGAGGUUUCCAGAAGCGUUUGUGCGUUUGGGUGUCUCUCGACCCAGAGGCGUGCUGCUGUACGGGCCACCCGGAUGUGCCAAAACCACCCUGGUGAAAGCAGCCGCCUCUUCAUCACACUGCAGCUUCUUCUCCCUCAGUGGAGCCGAGCUCUUCUCUCCUUAUGUGGGAGACUCCGAGAAAACACUGGCGCAGCUGUUCGCUCAGGCGCGAGCGUGUGCUCCAUCUAUCGUGUUCCUGGAUGAGGUGGACAGUAUGGUGGGCUCUCGAGAGGACGGCUCUUCUUCUUCCCACAGCGUGCAGUCGCAGGUUCUGUCGGUUCUGCUGACGGAGCUGGAUGGGGUGGGCGUGCGAACGCUGGAGAGACGGAGCACCUGCAGAAAGAUUGCUCUGUUAGAAGGUGGAGAUCAGGAGGACGUACGACUACAUCAGAUGGAGCUGCAGGAAGUGUGCAAUAAGGAUGUUUUGAUUGUGGCCGCCACUAACAGACCCGAGGCUCUGGACAGCGCUCUGCUCAGACCUGGACGACUCGACCAGAUCAUAUACGUGCCUCCUCCUGACCUCCAGGCUCGUCUGGCUGUGCUGCGCAUUUGCACUAAAAGCGUCCCGCUGCAUCAGGAUGUGUGUUUGGAGGAUCUGGCGGCUCAAACGGAGCUCUUCUCUGGAGCUGAUCUAGAAAACCUUUGUAAAGAGGCGGCUCUGUUGGCUCUGCGUGAGGAUGGACUCGCCGUUUCUUGCGUGAGACAGAAGUAUUUUCUGAAGGCGCUUCAGAUGUUGAGUCCGUCACUGAGUGCAGAACAACUUCAGCAGAACAUACAUGCAGCUCUCCAAUAAACAUGUUUACAAUAAAUAAAAAGGUUUUGUUAUCA